AUGGAUUUUAUGAUGAAUGCUUACGGAAGUACGGCCUUCUGCGUACAUGGAGGGCUAUCGCCAUCUAUUCAAACAUUGGACCAAAUACGUGUAAUUGACCGAAAACAAGAGGUAACUGGUUUCGUUCAUUUAAUUGUACCGCAUGAUGGCCCAAUGUGCGACCUGUUGUGGUCGGAUCCAGAGGACUCAUCGGUGGGAUGGGGAAUGAGUCCACGAGGGGCAGGAUAUCUCUUUGGUGCGGAUGUUGUCAAGGUAUUUAUUCGAAUGUAA